AUGGCACGCGACCAGGAGCCAGUCUCGCUUGCGUUAAUCGGAAAUGACCUCCUCGCCAGCGGCCAUUUCUCAUCUCUUGACUCGGUCGAUUUGCUUGCCAAAACCACCAUAAACCCAAGAAAAACCGUGACAGCUUCUCCGGAGGACGAGCCAAGAAAACCUGGUCUUUCCAAGUUUGGACAGCGAUGGGCGGCGAUAUCAUGCGCAACUACAGCGGAGGUCACAGAAGACCCAGGGACGUUGAUCGUUGGUGGCGCUUCGCUGAAGAAUGUCUCGCUCGUUAUUGGCGACCACGACGAGCACUAUAGAGAUUUGAAAGUAUUUCCCGUCCCAGUUGCUGGAGCCGCGGGUGGAGGUGGUUCUCUUCUGGUCGCGCCGGUCGAAGAGCCAGAAGCCCAGCCAAUGCUUUUUCUAGCAGCCAAGAACAAUUCGGACAUUUCUUUUUCGAAGGAUGCUUCGCAUGUCCCCUUGCCGGAACUCGAGAAGGAGCUUAAGGAGUCUAAAGGAAAGGUCGGGGCGGCUGCGGUUGACAAAUAUGUGUUGAGUGGCGAUAUUGAGAAUUUCUUUGGAAUCCAGGGGCUGGUAGCCAAGUUGUACUCUUUCCAGUCGGAGGACGACAAGAAGGGAAAGGAUGACAAGGCUAAGGACAAGAAGGACGGGGAUGAUGAAGCCCACAAGGAGAUCAAAGAGCAUGAAGGGGGUAAGGAGAAAAAGGACAAAAAAGACGACAAGGACACCCCGAUCGACGAAAAGGUGAAACUGCAGGACAUGGAGUCGCCUCUCAAGGUCCUCUUCCCAGAGAUCGAAGAGAAGACCAUUCAGAAGCUGCCUAUCAAGAACCUGGAGUUCACGUACAGCAACAAGGAAAAGGACAAUGUAUUUCCUGCAGGCCUUCGUCUAGAAGGUGAUAUCGAGCUUAAAGACGGCCUUCAGUUCGUUUCGGAUGGCUUCAAAAAUGUCUUUGGCAGCGGCAAGUCCACGCCUCUGCCCACCAAGUUGCGGAUCAGCGCCCACCUGGGCAAGAACCGAGACUGGAGCAAGAAACCAAAAAUUGAAGGGAUGAUUCUUCAGGCUUAUUUCAGUGAUAUGACCUUGCCGGCGUGGGAUUUCUUGGAGUUCAAGACAGUUGGCAUGGAGCUCUCGGUAAGGAAGGAGACCAAAAAGAAGGACGACAAAGGAAAGGAUGAUGAGAAGCAUAAGGACAGCAAAGAAGGGAAGGAGAAGAUAAAAGAUAAAAAAGACAAGGGAAAAGGGUUUGAGGCCAAGGAUGAAUCCGAAUCAGCACCAGCCAAAAAUGCAGCACAGGAGAAUGCUCCAGAGGACACUAAGACUGCAGAGAAGGAAUCAUCCACUGAGAUGAAGGAUGUCGUUGCCAAGAAGGACAAGGGAGAGAAGACUUCCUCAGAGCCCUCCAAGCCGGAGAAGAAAGAAGAAAAGGAAUGGAAAGUAGGUUUUGGACUUUUUGGCAUGCUGAACAUCACAAAGGUCCCCAAGUCAAAGCAGUCAUUGGAGGCCAAAUACUGGAUUCGAAUGGGAGACUGGAAGGCGGAAAAGAAGGAGAAGAAGGAUAAAGAAGAUAAAAAGGACAAGGAUGGCCAAGGUGAAGGUAAGGAGAAGAAGGGGAAAGAUAGGGAAGGGGAAAGCAAGGGAAAGGAAGAAGAAAAGCCCGUUGUCAAGGCAGGGGAAUGGGAAACACAUAAGUAUGAUGAUGAGAAGAGUACUGACAAGAUUGACAAGAAAGAUGAGGAGAAGCCUAAGGGUGGCAAGAAAGAUGAAGACAAAGAGAAAGGUGGACAGAAGUACGAAUUGGUCAUCAAAGCGGGCAAAUGGAAGGAUUUCUGUGGUGUCUCCAAUCUGAGUAUGAAAAGCGCUGAAUUGCGGGCGUUUUUCAAACCUGGCGAAUUCAAGGACUCCUGCACUUUGGCAGUGUCUGGCUCCCUCGAGUUUGCACAAGGGAGCCUUGACAAGAAGGGCGACAAGAAGGAUGAGGAGAGGAACGAGGCUGGGAAAAGAAAAGAAGAAGAGAAGGAAAAGAAGAUCGUGGACACCAAAUCCAAGAAACUAGAGGAAACUGAUAAGAAGGGUGAUAAAGAAGAGACCAAGAACGACAAUAGCGAAGACAAGGAAGAAGAUAAACCCAAGAAUGCUACACUGACAGUCAAAGGCCAGCUUUCCAGAAAGGACUAUCAAUUUGAUGCGAAAGUCGGAGAUCUGAAGCUUGACUCGAUUCUGAAAAUUUAUGCUCAAAUCAGUGGAGCACAACCGUCCAAAGAAGAUAUUAAAGGGCAUAACUUUACGUUCGAGGAGUUGCAUCUCAACAUUGGCAGGAAGCUGAAGAAGAAGAAGGUAGAGAAGAAGACAGGAGAUAAAAAGGAGAAGAAGAAUCAGGAUAGCGAAAGUUUAGAUGAGAAGAAAAGAGAGAAGACUGAAGGGGGGACUGAAAAACAGACUGAAAAGACCGAGAAGUCUGUCGCAAAAAUUGAGAAAGGGCCAAGAGGUGAAAAGGAGGAAGAAGAAGAGGCGAAGUGGUCAUUUGAACUCUCCGGCAAAGUCAGCUUCAACGACGUCAAGAGUGUCAAGGGUCUAGCCAAGAUCGACAGCACAGGUCUGAAGUUCAAAGGUGGACUUGAAAACUAUAAGAUCAAAGACACCGACAUCAACAUCAAGGAAGCCAGCAUCGACAUAUUUAUCGGGGCAAAGCCUGAUGCAAAGAAGCCCAAGACGACUGACAAGGAGAAGGCUGUUGGAACUGCAGCUGAUACUGACAAGCCACAGAAAACGAAUCUCACCAAAAAGAAUGCUACCAAGGACGCUGACACGAAAAAGACAAUUGCUUGCAACCGGGCUAGCAAGUUCGCCAUCAAAGGAGUAGUCAAAUACUGUGACCAGACUGUGACAGUGGCGUUGUUGGUUGGGCGCAAAGAGACAAAUCUCAAGUCGAAGACGGCAUCCGAACGUGAAUGGGUUCUGUAUGGUAUCCUCGACGAUCUGCCUUUGUCGAAGAUAUGUGGCGUGCCAGAAGAUGAACCGUUGGGUAAACUGCACCUGAGCAGCGUUGCUCUUAUUGCGGCAUCAGGGGAAAACAAAACGGUGGAGGAGCUGAAUCUGCUCAAGUAUCCAGUUAAGAGAGGUGGGCAUGGAUACCUUUGCUGUGUGCUAGGUGACUAACUAAUGUGGAUAGGACUCUCGUUGUGCGCGACCAUCCCACCCAUGGAAGAGCUGAAUACUUUAGCCAGGCAGCAAGUAGAUGGGCUUGUGCUAGUCGCCACAAUUGAAAAGAAGUUCGAACUUCAAAUCCACCUACCAUCU